ACUCGUAUCUUGAAACUGAGAUAAAUGCAUUGCGUAUGCAACUCGCUGUGCAUCGAUACAUGUAUUAACAGGAUCUUGAUCAGAAAUAACCCAACGCAGCGGCGUACUGCUCUCCGAGCACUGUCCACAUCUGGGCCUACCAAGAGUACGGUGAGCAGUGACAGCAGGCGCGCCUGGCUGUCCAAGUGAGCGUUAAGGAUCGACUUUAGCAUCUUCCGAUGAGCUCGGCCGAUGGUUUAGAUGGGGUCCUGUGCGGCUGUGCCUGUGCUCCGCCCCCUUAGGCUGGGUCGGUGCCUGUAGGCUCUGCUGGUUUGUUACGCAAAGCCAGAGACGCAAGGAUCUCUGCACUGCAUGCACCCUUCGUCAUUGUGACUGCUGCCACACAUUUGUGCGUGCUACACGAUUCAACGACCGGCCAUCCAAGGCUCGUGCAACGGGCACUGGUUGUGACCUGGAGAUUAUUCGAAACUUUCAAUUGAAAUGAGUCUAUUUGUUCUAAGAUGCUGCUGUAGCGAGAAAGCAAGGGUACCGGGCUCGGAGUGGCCGGUUAGUGCUUCAUUCAAAGUAGAAGGACACGCCUUGAACAGGGAAAGCCUUAUUACAGCUGUCUCGAAUAGCAAUUCGUGCAGCGAAUGUAGCAUGGAGACGGUAGGGUAUUCUGUCAUGCUCGUUUCUGCGGCUAGACAAGGCAAGUCUACCGUAUGCUUCACCGAGUCUCAUUUUUUCCUCCCUGCCGAAGAUCAUUGUUCCGCUCCUGUCUCAAUCUCCACCAAGGUAGGGCUGCAAAGCAGUAAGAUAGCGCAAUACCCCUGUUUUGCGUGAUCUGCCAACGC